AUUCAGAACAAAACCAAUAUCGAACCCAAUGAUAACGAUGAGGCUCAUCGAUUAAAGUCCUUGUUGGAUGCUAUUCGUCCCAGCACUACAGUAAAACCUCUCAGCACCUCCUCCACUUCUAAGCCCAAGGCUGAUGUCAGCUCUCCUGUCAAAGAUGAGCCAGAUUUCAGUUUCCAGAAUGAGCGUCUUCCUCUGCUCUCAGAUGAUGAAGUCAACAGUUUGACAGAUGACGCCAAUCCCUUGUAUUUCCUUAAGCAGAUGCCAGAAGAACCAAAGCCACAGUCCGUGCAAGAAACCAAACCCGAUCCCGUUUCAGCUCCCGCUCCAAUUCCCGUUUCUGGCUCUCCCAUAUACAUCACCAUUCCCAUUUACAUUAACACCGCUGGCAAGAUGCCGCUUACAUUGACAAUUGGCGAUCAGGAAGUAUCGUUGGCACAUCAGCAGAGAUUAAAUCAAGGAAAUAGAAGAGCCUCCACCAAGGUGCCAAACUCGCAUUUUAACCGACUGCUGGAGAUGGUCGAACCACCCAAAAGACGCACCACAAAUCGACAUCGCAGCCCAAGUCGCAGCAAGAUUCAAGCAAUCAAGGAACACAGCUCAACACAGCUCUACAAGGAGUUCAAUCGCAAAAAGUCAAAUUAAUGAAAAACACAAAAUACUCAUUGAAAAAUUUUCGAUGUAUUUUUUAUAUUUAAAA